GUCUAUGGGACAAGGUACCUGGAGGGGGAGGAAUUACGCCGGGGUCUCGCGUGCCUGAAGCUCCGUGAUCUCGUGUCACCGACCGCCGCGGAACUAGAGUCCCGGUAACUGGAACCGGCUGGAAGAGGAGGAGCAGUGACGGCACCGGGACAGCGGCUCAUGGAGCCCAACAUAUCUGAUAUUGGCAGGAAGCCUAGAGAUCUGCUUCUGUGGUUACCUUGACCCCAACAUACCUGUGGAUACACCCAGGAAAUUCCUAACAGAUUCGAGGCUGUCGGUGCACUGCUUGCCGCAGGAGGUAUUCGUAGACUCCAAUGUGUGUAUCAAGAGCCAACAAGAGAAGAUUGGCUCCUUGUUGUGGGAGAUUUUUAUUGGCCCGGUCCUCUGAAGAAGCCACAUGAUAGACCUUUCUAUAAGUAGAGGAGGCUGGGAGGAUGGCCUUGAACAACAAAACCAGUGAAUGUGUGGCUCUUGGCAAUGGCGUCAUACCAUCCAAAGCUCUGUCUCCUAGUCACUCUGCGAUCACUGACGGAGACCAGCAACAUCAGCCCACAGAGGAGCCGAGGGUUAAAGUCAGCCCCAAUGGAUGCCUUUCACACAAUGGUGUACCCAAAGCAUGCUCAAGGUUUUCAGACAACCAAAGAACUCCAAUUAUUUCCUCUUGCUGCCAACCAUGCUCGUAUCACCAUCCACUGAACAGCCAGCAGGAAUGUGUGGCACGGCCUGGUGGCACCAUUGUGCCUGUGCCAAGUUCUGGAAGCUUGCAGCCACAUACGGAUUUCUCUACGAACUCGUCUUGUCCAAACCAUCUACAUAUCUACCAUCCUGCCUGCUGUGUGCAACCCUCCCAGUCGUUUUGCCUUCAUCAGUGGCGUGAUCAUUUUCAGCAUCAGCAAGUGCCACACCACCUAGUAAACUUAAGAACUGCCAAACCAUUCCAGUUACCUAAAAGCUACGCAGCUCUAAUAGCUGAUUGGCCUGUGGUAGUUCUAGGCAUGUGCACAGUACUCAUAGUAGUUUGUGCCCUGGUUGGCAUUUUAGUGCCCGAUCUUCCUGACUUUUCUGAUCCUCUUCUGGGUUUUGAGCCCAGGGGGACGGCGAUCGGCCAGAGACUGGUGACAUGGAAUAACAUGGUGAAAAACACUGGAUACAAGGCGACUCUGGCCAAUUAUCCUUUUAAAUACGCAGACGAGCAGGCAAAAAACCAUCAAGAUGACCGAUGGUCAGAAGAUCAUUUUGAAAGGGAGAAAAGAGAAGCGGACUGGAAUUUUCACAGGGACAGCUUUUUCUGUGCCAUCCCAAGUAAUCAUUACUCCAGAGUAGUUUUUACAUCUGCGGUUGGGGAGAAUCUGUGGAAUUUGCAAGCAAUCAAGUCCAUGUGCAAUAUAGAUAAUACAAGGAUCAGAUCGCACCCACAGUUUGCCGACCUAUGUCAGAGAGCCACAGCAGAUUCCUGUUGCCCCAGCUGGACUCUCGGGAAUUACAUUGCAAUUCUCAAUAACCGUUCGUCGUGCCAGAAGAUUGUAGAUCGGGAUGUUUCUCACACACUAAAAUUAAUCCGUACGUGUGCCAAAUAUUAUCACAAUGGAACGUUGGGGCCAGACUGCUGGGACAUGGCCUCCAAAAGAAAGGACCAGCUGAAGUGUACAAAUGUGCCUCGUAAAUGUACCAAGUAUAAUGCCGUUUACCAGAUCCUUCACUAUUUAGUUGAUAAAGAUUUUUUAAGCCCAAAGUCUGCUGAUGGGACUCCAGCUUUAAUGCAUAGCAUGCUUUUCUCCCCAACUGAAAAAGGAGAGUCAAUGAUGAACAUUUAUCUUGACAACUUUGAGAACUGGAACUGUUCCGAUGGUGUAACCACCAUCACGGGAAUUGAGUUUGGAAUCAAACACAGUUUAUUUCAAGACUAUCUCUUAAUGGAUACUGUGUAUCCAGCAAUUGCCAUUGUAAUUGUUCUGUUGGUCAUGUGCAUAUAUACUAGGUCAAUGUUCAUAACACUAAUGACCAUGUUUGCCAUAAUUAGUUCAUUGAUUGUAUCUUAUUUUCUUUAUCGUGUAGUAUUUAACUUUGAAUUUUUCCCCUUCAUGAACCUCACUGCACUAAUAAUUCUGGUUGGAAUUGGAGCAGAUGAUGCUUUUGUUUUGUGUGACGUGUGGAACUACACAAAGUUUGAUAAACCUCAUGCAGAAACAUCUGAAACUGUCAGCAUCACUCUGCAACAUGCUGCUCUAUCUAUGUUUGUCACCAGCUUCACUACCGCAGCUGCCUUUUAUGCGAAUUAUGUGAGUAAUAUUACUGCAAUCAGGUGUUUUGGUGUAUAUGCCGGCACAGCCAUAUUGGUAAAUUAUGUGUUGAUGGUAACCUGGUUACCAGCAGUAGUUGUUCUUCAUGAGCGUUAUCUUCAAAACCUAUUUACAUGUUUCAAGAAAACACCACGACCACCAAUGACUAAGACUAGCUGCUGGAAUGUAUUGUGCCAGAAGGUACAGAAACUUCUAUUUGCUAUCUCUGAAGCAUCAAGGAUAUUUUUUGAAAAGGUAUUGCCGUGUAUUGUCAUAAAAUUUAGAUAUGUGUGGGUGUUCUGGUUCCUUGCCAUAACAGUUGGUGGCGCAUAUAUUGUCUGUAUUAAUCCAAAGAUGAAACUCCCAUCACUAGAACUUUCUGAGUUCCAGGUUUUUAGGUCUUCUCACCCAUUUGAACGCUAUGAUGCAGAAUUUAAAAAGAUUUUCAUGUUUGAAAGGGUUCAUCAUGGGGAGGAGCUCCACAUGCCUAUAACAAUAAUAUGGGGUGUAUCUCCAGAGGACAAUGGGGAUCCACUUAACCCUAAAAGCAAAGGCAAGCUCAAGUUGGACAGUAGCUUUAAUAUUGCAAGUCCGGCAUCACAACGGUGGAUUUUGCGUUUUUGCCAAAAGUUAAAAAACCAAACCUUUUUUUACCAAACCGAUGAACAGGAUUUCACCAGUUGUUUCAUUGAGACUUUUAAACAGUGGAUGGAGAAUCAGGACUGUGAUGAGCCUGCUCUUUACCCCUGUUGUAGUCAGUCAGGGUUUCCCUACAAACAAGAGGUUUUUGAGCUGUGUAUAAAGAGAGCCAUCAUGGAGCUUGAGAGAAGCACAGGCUAUCAUUUAGACAGCAAAACACCAGGUCCUAGAUUUGACAUAAAUGACACAAUCAGAGCUGUGGUACUAGAAUUUCAGAGCACUUACCUAUUUACCCUGGCUUAUGAAAAGAUGCACCAGUUCUAUAAAGAGGUUGAUGCAUGGAUUGCUGAUGAGCUGAAGUUGGCUCCUGAAGGCCUCAGCAAUGGAUGGUUUGUGAGCAACCUCGAAUUCUACGACUUGCAAGAUAGCCUUUCUGAUGGAACCCUGAUUGCCAUGGGACUCUCUGUAGCUGUUGCAUUUAGCGUAAUGCUUCUAACAACGUGGAACAUCAUCAUAAGUCUUUAUGCCAUAGCUUCCAUUGCUGGUACCAUAUUCGUUACUGUUGGUUCUCUCGUCCUCCUUGGAUGGGAACUAAAUGUUUUAGAAUCUGUCACUAUAUCUGUUGCUGUUGGCUUGUCCGUGGAUUUUGCUGUACACUAUGGUGUUGCAUAUCGCCUUGCUCCAGACACAGACCGAGAAGGAAAAGUGGUCUUUUCUCUCAGUCGAAUGGGAUCUGCCAUAGCCAUGGCUGCAUUAACCACUUUCGUGGCUGGGGCAAUGAUGAUGCCAUCUACAGUUCUAGCUUACACUCAGCUGGGUACAUUCAUGAUGUUGAUUAUGUGCAUCAGUUGGGCUUUUGCAACAUUCUUUUUUCAGUGUAUGUGCCGGUGUCUUGGCCCACAAGGAACUUGUGGUCAGAUACCUCUGCCAAAGAAACUACAGUUUAAAGCCUUUUCUCAAGCAUUAUCUUCAAAUACUGCAGAAAGAGGACAGAAUAAAAUGAAUCAUUCUAAGAAAAAACAACUGGACGCAAGGGGUACAAAAACAGAUGUUGAACAUGAGCAUUACGAAUUGGAACCUUUAGCAUCAAAUAACUGUAGCACAACAUAAGAAUUUAUAACAAAGUAUAUCAGAGUUCUAUAAAGACUUUAUGUGGAAUGCACAUGCACCUAUGCAUUCUUUUCGACGCAUUGUGGGAACCAGCGCUAAUCUUUCAUCAACUAAACAUAUUCUGCACAUAUCCAAUAAUAAAACUGUAUGACGAUCGGUAUGAAACAUUUGAUUUGCCAAGCUGCAGUUUUAACAAGGUUUAACUUUUUCCAAGAAAUGCUGUCCAGUUGGCAAAGUUUGUGUCCUUACUUGAAAAAGUCUGUAUAUCCUGUAUUUCCUUGCAGUGAUCUAUGCUGUGAAGCAGUCUACUGACUUUCGUAUACCCCAAUAUAGAUCAGAUUAAAACCCACAGCAUAGCUUUUGCUUAUCUAUCAUUCCGUUUUGUUAAACAGGAAAACACAAAAUGCGCCACUGCACAGCUUUUCCAGCACAGCAGAAAAUGGCAAACAGAUCUGCUUCUAUUUAACAGAUGCUGAGUUGCAAAUCUAAACAUUUUUUUGUUUUGUUUUAAUUUUAUUUCUUCUUGGCCGGUUAUGAAUGAGAAAAUGUUGUUUCGUCUACCAAACCGCACUGCACAAUACCCGAGUGAGGGAUAUUUGUGACAAACGUGAGUAAAUAGCACUUCUGUACUGUUAUACGUAUAUAUCACACUAACUGUUUUAUUUGAAUGUCUGUUAUGGAAACCAAAUUCAGAACUUGACACUAAACAGUACAUACAAAACCCGCUAAUGGCCUGUGCCACAAAGUGACAUAGCUGUAAUGGUUUAAGUGCAAUUUGUUUUAUUGUCCUAUGCCAAACAUUGACGCCAACGUGCCUGCUGUAACAAGAGGUUUAGAUCUAUCAAAUGAAGAGUUUAUGUCAAUAAAACCAUAUUGAGAAAACUAUA